GUCCAUUGCCCCCUCCCCUCCCCUCCAUGGCUUCCCCCUUCUCCCCGGCGUCCGCGCGCGCCGCCUCGCCGGCCCUUUUCGCCGCCUCCACUUCCCGCCCUCUCUUUCUCACCGCCGCCAUCUCAGCCCGGAUUCCGUCCAGGAGGGGAUUCCGCCGUGGCCGCUUCACCGUCUGCAAUGUAGCGGCCCCGACCGCCCCCGAGCAGGACACCAAGGCAAAGGCCGCCAAGGAGAGCCAGCGGCCGGUGUACCCGUUCCCGGCGAUCGUGGGGCAGGACGAGAUGAAGCUCUGCCUGCUGCUCAACGUCAUCGACCCCAAGAUUGGCGGCGUCAUGAUCAUGGGCGACCGCGGCACCGGUAAGUCCACCACCGUCCGCUCCCUCGUCGACCUGCUCCCGGACAUCAGCGUCGUUGUCGGCGACCCUUUCAACUCCGACCCUUACGACCCCGAGGUCAUGGGCCCCGAGGUCCGCAACCGCGUCCUCAACGGCGACACCCUUCCCGUCACCACCACCAAGAUCACCAUGGUUGACCUGCCCCUCGGCGCCACCGAGGACAGGGUCUGCGGCACCAUCGACAUCGAGAAGGCGCUCACCGAAGGUGUCAAGGCGUUUGAGCCUGGCCUGCUCGCCAAGGCCAACAGGGGAAUACUCUAUGUCGAUGAGGUUAAUCUGCUCGAUGACCAUCUGGUGGAUGUUCUGCUGGACUCCGCGGCUUCCGGGUGGAACACCGUGGAGAGGGAGGGCAUCUCCAUCUCCCAUCCGGCGCGGUUCAUCCUCAUUGGGUCUGGCAACCCGGAGGAAGGGGAGCUCCGGCCUCAGUUGCUCGACAGGUUCGGGAUGCAUGCGCAGGUUGGUACGGUCAGGGAUGCUGAGCUCAGGGUCAAGAUUGUGGAGGAAAGGGCCCGCUUCGACAGGGACCCCAAAUCGUUCCGCCAGUCCUACUUGGACGAGCAAGAGAAGCUCCAGGACCAGAUUACAUCCGCUCGGAGCAACCUCGGUUCUGUGCAGCUCGACCACGAGCUUCGCGUCAAGAUAUCCAGGGUCUGUGCCGAGCUGAAUGUCGAUGGACUCAGAGGAGACAUCGUCACUAACAGGGCUGCCAAGGCGCUGGCUGCCUUGAAAGGAAGGGACACUGUCACAGUCGAGGACAUCGCCACUGUUAUUCCCAACUGCUUGAGGCACCGGCUCCGUAAGGACCCUCUCGAAUCUAUUGACUCGGGCCUGCUCGUCGUUGAGAAGUUUUAUGAAGUCUUUGGCUAGAUUAUUCUUGAGGUAAAUGUUUUCCUGUCACAAAGUUGGCAGGAGGCCCUUUGUUUGGCUCUUCAAAAGUAUUAUUUCACCAGAGGCUUCAAACAUUUUAUAUUCUUUAUCUUUUUGUAGCAUGGUGGUAGUGUAGAUUUCAUUCCCCUUUGUCGGGAAUGCAUGUUAUGAGCUGCACAUGGUCCGCGCACAUCACUCUUCCUUGUAGUUAUUGAUGCAACUAAUGGAUUGCACAGAACCGUAUCAAUCACUAAGCUAUGCUUAUACUCUUGUAGAUCUGUUUGAAAAUAUAAAUGAGUUUGAGCC